AUGGUGCAAUAUUUGCAUGUCCGCGGUGGCUUGAAGCCAAAAACAAGAGUUGUCAUCUCUAAAGCUCUUGCCAGGCUAUCCCCUCGCAGCAUUCGUGAGCGAGGUAAUUACAAGCGCUUUGUAGCAGAGCCAGUCGACUCGGAGUCCAUCUGCUUUACAAACCUUCCCUACGAAAUCCGUCUAAUGAUUUGGCACGAAUGCUUCGAAUCUCGUGUAGUCACCAUAUGCGCUCAUCGUAUAUGUAGCUGGACGGACGGCUCGCGCGAAUAUAAACCGGCCGUAUCAUCAGUCCGCGCGACUAUGCCAUUGACUCUUAGAAUCAACAGAGAAAGUAGAUUUGAAACGCUUCGGCACUACCCAGACUUGAUUCAGAACCCUGGAUUAUUUCGUGACCCAGUAUAUUUCAAUCCACGGCUUGAUAAGCUCGCCAUUCACGUACUCGACAAAGACAGACACCCUGCUUGUCUCCCCCAGCUCUUUCAUCGUGAUAGAAAAUCGCGUAUAAUGGCUGAUCAAUGUUUAUGCCUUACCAUCCAAGCUUUGGCCGAAAUUUCGAUAUACUCACCAAGUAUGUGCAAAAUGAUACAAAUGUUAUGGGAAUCUAUUCCCUCGUUAUCGCAAAAUAACGGGCAAAUUUAUCAGUUAAAAACCAUCGUGGUCCAGUCGCCUGAUUUCAAUGAGACAAUGAUCAUUAACAACAUUUCGAAAGAUUGUAGUUGGGCCAUGAGAAAACGCGUCUGGAAGGCCAUCAAAUCAAGGGAGAAUUUCGAAGAUAAUAAUUGGCGGAUCACAAAAACAGAUGACCACAAUCUACCAUUGUUGUAA